UGGCGCGGCAAUGCAAAGUUUAUCCACAAACCAAACGCUAAAACAGCUAUUUAUUACCACAGAUGAGCAAUAACAUUGAGUUAUUUUAUGUAACAUCGCCUCCGAUCGUACACUUACACGAUCAUCGAGCAUUGGCGGAGCCGUCAGAGAGAAUGAGGACGGAAGUUUGUUUGGUUCAUGUGUGAGUUGGCGGUAAAUUUGAGCUAAAAGUUAACCGGUUUGUUGUCACUCAGUUGCUUUUAUCAGCCGCUUGAGCUGGACCGAGAUGAGCUCUUCAAGGGAAAUCAGGCAGCUGGAGAAGGCGAAGAGCAAAGCUCAGGCCAGCAACAACCUGCGGGAGGAGGCGAACAUCUGCAACCAGCUGGGAGAGCUGCUGGCCCGCAGCGGGAACUAUGAGGCAGCCAUCAGUGAGCACCAGCAGGAGCUGAGUCUGUCUGAAGCCUUAAAAGAUGUGAUUGGACGAGCUGUGGCCUGCCGUAAAAUAGGGGAGUGCUAUGCAGAGAUGGGAAAGAUCGAUGCAGCUUUGAAGCACCAGCACUGUCACCUGGACCUGGCUCGCUCCGUCAGGGAUCACGCUGAAGAACAAAGAGCCUGGGCCACCAUCGGCCGGACGUAUCUCUUCCGGUAUGAAUCAGACCAGUCCAGGAAGAGUUUAAAACAAGCAGCAGAUGCUUUCAGGAAGAGUUUGGACAUUGUGGAUGAGCGUCUGCAAGGGAAAGUGCAUGAGCGAGAAAUCGGUGAGAUGAAGGCUCGUUUGUUUCUCAAUCUUGGUCUGGUCGCCGAUCAUCUUGGAGAGUCCCAAAGCUGCAGCGAGUUCAUCCGACGCAGUGUCUUUAUUGCUGAGAAGAAAAAUCUGAUAGAAGAUCUCUACCGUGCAAACUUUAACCUGGGCAACAUCUAUUUCCGUAACGGUCAACACUCGAGUGCCGUCCGCUGCUUGGAACAAGCCAAGGAGUGCGCCAGGAAGAUGAAAGACAAGUUCACUGAGAGCGAGUGCUUUCACUCCAUCGGCAAGGUGCAGCUGUCUCUGGGGGAUUUUGUAGCAGCCCGGCGAUCUCUGAAGAGAGCGCUCCAGCUCGGUUCCCAGCAGGCUCAAGACAAACAGGCAGUGAAGAAAGCGUUCAAAUAUGCUGACCAGGGCUUUAGGUUGGAGGAGGAGUGGGGGGAAGAUCAGGGCAGAAGACUGGGCUCCCAUCAGGCCGUGGAGCUGGCCGAGCAGCUCGGGGACCUCUAUUGUAAGGUCGGCUGCUACAGCAAAGCUCUGGGGGCCUAUCAGGCUCAGUUGCAGAAAGCGGAGGCGAUGGGAAAGCAUCCCAGGGAGCUGGCUGUCAUCCACGUAUCUCUGGCUGCGACACACACCGACCUGAGACAGCACAGCAAGGCGGCCGACCACUACAGGAAGGAGCUGGAUUUACGACAGGGCAGCUCUAAGGAGGAGUGCAAGACGUGGCUGAACAUCGCAGCAGCUCAGGAGGAGAACGGCUGCACCUGCGAGGACUUAGACGUCAGUUACAGCGCAGCUUUACGCUGCGUUCAACCUUCGGGGCCGGCCAGACUCCAGAAGCGCGUGCUGAGGCUCUGGCUGGCGUCCCAGCGGCGCAGCGGCUCAUCGGAUGCCGACGACACUGAAGCGAGGCUGCGUGAGCUGUGCGCUUCACAGGGCUGGAGUCCUGAGGGAAGUGACGGGGAGGAGGAGGACGAGGAGGAGGAGAUGGACAACAGUGAACCACAAAAUGACAGUGAUGUCAUUCUCUCAGACUCAGAUGAGGAUUUGGAGGGUUAUGACAAGAUGGUGUCGGGAAGAAGGAAGGCGGGCAGGUGGAACAAGAGAAACGAGAAGGGGGAAACGUCGCUCCACAGAGCCUGCAUUGACGGAAACCUGAAGCAGGUCCAGUAUCUGGUGGAGCAGGGUCACCCAGUGAAUCCCAGGGACUAUUGUGGCUGGACGCCCCUUCAUGAGGCCUGCAACCACGGUCACUAUGACAUCGUAGGGUUGCUGCUUGAGCGCGGCGCCAACAUCAACGAUCCCGGCGGCCCCUUGUGUGAGGGCGUGACUCCGCUGCAUGACGCCCUCGCUUGUGGGAAUUUAAAAGUUGCACGCAUUCUGGUGGAAAGUGGGGCUUCCGUCAUGCAGAAAAACUCCAAGGGUGAAUCGGCUAUGGACACCCUGAGCCAUUGGACGAGGACGUACAGGAGGGAGCUGGACGAGGAGACGAGGCGCGAGUGUGUCGCUACAGAGAAGCUGCUGAGGAAGGCCCUGGAAGGAGGAGUGCCUGCUGCCGCGGCCGCAGCCAAGCCUUUCGACGCCCUGAAGGACAGCCAGCUGUUUGAUGCGGAGAACUCGGAGCCGCUGUCGGCCACCGGAGGGAGCUGUUCCUCCGGCCAAGACCGUUCCCGGAACAGCAGGAGCUCGGACGCCAAGGCGGCGGCCGGCAGCCCCAGACGGCGGCAGAGCAAUGGCUCGUCCCAGAGACACAGAGCCAGAGGAACGGAGGCUGAUGUUCUGUACGGGAUCCAGAGCAGCAGCUCAGACGAUGGCGACUCUGACGGGGCGGUGAGCCCUCUUCGUCCUGUCCGUCCUAGACGCCCUUUCCCAGCAGCCCCGAGUCAAACGGAGGUUCCACCGAGCAAGGAGCCUCCUCCGGUUCCCAGCUCGAGCCGAGAGAGUAGCAGGGAGGCCCCGCCGCCGUCCGUGUUCAGGAGAGAGGAGUACCACAGUGCCAUCCGCGGCUUAGGCAGCGCCAAAACUCUUCUCCAGGGCUUCACGCAGCCUCAGUUCUCCAGCACACCGGCUGUUUCAUCCAGCAGCAGAUCUGCUCUUGUUCCUGAGGACGAGUACAUGGCUGAUGACUGGUUGGAUGAUGAUGUGGGGGAAAUGCAUCCCAAGAAAAAGAGAAGGCUUCGAAUGGAGCACAGGGAGGAAAAUAAUGAGUCUGUAACUGCGAGAAGUCAAAACAAGCAGUUUAAUUCAGAUACAGCCUGCAGAGGCUCUGCAGCUGACCUCUCCUCCUCCUCAUCCUCCAGUCGGGGCCCCACCGCCAGAAAGAACGGCUCACUGAAGGCUCAUCAGGCCAAAAUGACUCAGAUGCCGGGGAUGCUCAGGUUAGGCAGGCGAGAGGUCAACAGGUCACACAGCCCCACUGUGACGGAUGACGAGGACAUGAGGCCGAGCACGCCUCCACCUCCUCCACAAAUACACGCUCAGCCUCCAGCACAAGCUUUGCCUUUGCCGAUCAGAAUGAGAGUCAGAGUCCAGGAGGAUGUUUUCCUCAUCCCAGUCCCGCAAAGCGAGGCAGAUUCCUGCACCGUGUCAUGGCUGUGUGAGCAGGCAGCUCGGCGGUUUUACCAGAAAUGUGGCCUCCUGCCUCGUCUAUCGCUGCAGAAGGAAGGGGCUCUGCUCUCCCCACAGGACCUGCUGCUGAUGGUGCUGCAGACCAAUGAAGAGGUUCUGGCUGAAGUCUGCUCCUGGGAUCUCCCUCCUCUUCCAGAGCGCUACAAGAAGGCCUGCGAGAGCCUGGCAGUGGAAGAGAACAGGCGCGUCACCCGUCUGUGUGAGGUGCAGGACGGGAGCUCCUCCGUCUCCGUCUGCGGCCUCGGUUUGGCCCCCUCGUCUCUCAACCCGCUGCUGCGCGCCCUCAAACUGCAGGCCAGCCUCAACGAGCUGCGCAUUUCAGGCAACCGGAUCUCCGCCGACCUUCUCCCUGAACUGGUUGCCACGGCGAUCACCAUGCCUCGGCUCCGACUGCUGGACAUCUCUGCCAAUUCCAUAACGGGGGAAGGGCUGGAGAAAGCUGUCAAUGCUCUGAAGGGACAGAGCCACCCUGCGUUCCCGUGCCUGGAGGAGCUUGAUCUCAGCAUGAACCCUCUGGGCGACAUCGUGUCCCAGUCUCUGUCCAGUCUGCUGUCCUGCUGCCCCGUGCUGGCGAAGCUGUCUCUGCAGGCCUGCGGCCUCACGGCUCGCUUCCUCCAGCAUCAUCGGCUGGUGCUCGCCAGCGCUCUGGCAGGUACAGGUCACCUAAAAUCUCUGUCCCUAUCCCACAAUGCACUGGGCUCUACUGGCUUUGAGCUGGUAUUGAAGACUCUGCCCAUCCACUGUCUCACACACCUGGAUCUGUCUGCUGUCCGCAGAGGUCCUGCCGACUACCCACCGCUGGAGCAUCUCUCCAACGUCCUGUCACAGGAUGAAUGUUCUUUGACUCACCUGAGUCUGGCAGCAAACGGGUUGACAGACAGCGACGUAGCCAUCCUGGCCAGGUGCCUGCCGUCGUGUCCCAGUUUGGUGAGUCUGAACCUGUCAGGAAACCCCUCUGUGACUUCAGCGGGACUUCACAACAUCCUGAUGUCCAUCAGAGAGGCCUGUCGACCGUUGAAGCUUCUAAACCUUCAAGGUUGUCAGGUGUCUGGUCCCUGGGACAGUGAAGAAUUGGACGGUCUGUCCAAGAUGGUCCUGGAUCUGCGUCUUUGCUCCCAGGGCUUGAACAAGCUGGAUCGACAGGCCUUAAAGGAGAGCUGGGACAAGACCCAGCCGCACGGAUGCUCGCUGGACCGGAACGCCAAGUGCCUGCUCUCUUCCGCAUCCUCCUAACGGGAGACCUGGGCCUCUCUGAUGAUGUUAUAGCUUCCGGCAUCUUCUUUCCUUCUUAAUUGCUGAAGAACUUUUGAGUCAGCUAUUGUAAUAAAGUUGAUCUGCGGAGCGAAACCUCGAGACAACAUUCAGAAGAUGUCUGGUUUUUGUAUUUUGUAUUUAUUUACGUGUACUUGUGCAGAAAGAUUUGUCUCUGUUUGCCCUUAAAUCGUUGAAUUACGGUGCGAUUUGCAUUAAAAAGAACAAUAAAAAUAAAAAAAGAUUUGUAGCUUCAUUUUUACACCUGUGACUGGUUCCUUCAAAUUAUACAGGUUUAACAGUUGAUGUGAAGUGCAGAUCAUACAAAGGGCCUAUGCUUGCUACAAAGUUUAGAGAUGUGUUUAUCGUGGUUAAACUGGUUUUAGUUUGAACAUUUUACUCUAGUUUAUGUUGUCGCAUACGUACAGCUU